AUGUCCUCAGAUGCAGCCGCUUUGCCCUCUCCACCGGGUUUUGCGCCGUGGGAAAAUAUCGGCCACCCUGGGGGCCAAAUUAGCAGACCAGAUUCGCUUUCGAGCAGCAACCAUGCCACUCCAGCCGGUUAUCAAUCUCCACGAUUUUCUAAUAUCAAGGACCUUCAAGACGAAGCAGCGGCCCUGGAUGUGAAUGAGGAUUCUUCAGUAUGCUACCCCACACAAGAUUCCGUGAAACACCCAGGCAAGAUUGCUAACUCUCUACAGCUCAACCUCCUUCUCAACAGAGCCCAAGACGCAAUAGAAAAUGCUAGGAGAUUUGCUGAUAACGACCAACCGGACAAAGCUUACGUUCAGUACCUUCGGGCUUCCGAGAUCACUAUCAACAUCAUACCUCACCACCCAGAUUAUCGAACGACUGCCAGCCAGCGCUCAGAUUGGUACAAGCAGUUCGCAAAUUUAAUGAUGUUGAAGGAAGACAGAAGUAACACUGCCGAUUUGCCACACAGCACUGCCAUCAGCGCCCAAGACCUACUCGACUAUCUCCGAAGAUAUAACGUGUUAUUGAUCGACGUGCGCCCCCGGGAUCAGUACGAUAGUGGACAUGUGUACGCGAAAUCAAUCAUCUGCAUCGAACCAGUGGCCCUGAAAGAAAACGUAUCGGCGGAGGAGCUUGAGGAGCGUUUAGUAGUGUCGCCUGAGCAUGAACAGUCUCUAUUCGAGAAACGGAACGAAUUUGACAUGAUAGUCUACUAUGACCAGUCCACCGAUUCAGUCAGCUACCUCGCCGGAUCCCCUGUUGGAACAACAGCGCCACAUCUUAGGGCUCUCUAUGAUACACUAUAUGAAUUUAAUGCCUAUAAACCUUUGAAGGACGGUCGUCCUCCGGCUCUUUUGCUGGGUGGCCUUGAUGCAUGGAUCGAUCUCCUUGGGCAACAAUCCCUUGCCACAUCCUCCACAGCUACUGUGCUAGGUUCGCUCCAGAAAAAGCGCCCAGUCGCGAGACCCGGCCGACCUCUUGGGAGAGUUCCUACUAUGGUGAGCGCUAAUUCUAGCUUGGAAGUGAGGAAGAGACGGCUACGCGAAUAUAAACCCUUGAAUCCAGACGAGCUCACCGCAUGGAUGGAAAAGUCAAAGAACGAAGAAAUUGACACCACGACAUAUAUCGAAGAGGAGCCAAUGGCCGAGGAGCCCGAGGGACAAGAGACAAAUGAGCCUCCUACGCCAUUCGUGCAUACCUAUGAAGACUUCCUACGGCGCUUCCCGGAGCCCCAUGCUAUCCAAGAAUCAAUGGUGACGCCACAUGCCCGGCCACCAGUACCGCCUAUGCCUAACUAUGCUGCUCCUGUCCCUGUUGCUCCCUCCCGACCUCCACCUGCGGUUCCACGGCCAAGUUAUAGCGGUGUUACCGAUGGCCGGCAAAUCCAGCCUACAUUGGCGCGGCAGAAUUCUGCUACCAAGACUGCCCUCUACACUCCAAGUUCAAUAUAUCGCGCAAAGUUGCCGAGAACUGGUCUUGCUAAUUUUGGUGUAACUUGCUAUAUGAACUCAACAAUACAAUGCUUGAAUGCGACGAUGAUGUUGAGUAGAUUUUUUGUUGAUAACAGAUUUCGAUACUAUGUGCAGAAGAACUGGAAAGGCUCACAGGGAGUCAUGCCGGGGCUUUUUGCCAAUCUCAUAAGGUCCUUGUGGAAGGGUGAUGUGGAAGUCAUUGUUCCUACUUCGUUUCGAAACUUCUGCGGAAGGCUAAACCAGGAAUGGGCCAUCGAUCGACAGCAGGAUGCCAAAGAAUUCUUUGACUUCACUGUUGAUUGUCUACACGAGGAUUUAAACAUUAAUUGGCAGAGAAGCCCAUUGAGGCCGCUGACAUUUGAAGAGGAGAUGCAGCGGGAGAGAAUGCCUGUUGCCAAAGUCUCAAAGAUUGAAUGGGAUCGGUACUGUCACCGAGAAGAGUCCUUCAUUUCUUCGCUUUUUGCUGGUCAACAUGCUAGCCGGCUCCGUUGUACAACGUGCAAGCGGACAUCCACGACGUACGAGGCUUUCUACAGCAUUAGCGUUGAAAUUCCGUCGUCCGGGACUGGUGAUAUCUAUCAAUGUCUGCGCAGCUAUUGUAAAGAAGAGAUGUUGAGUGGCGACGAGGUGUGGAAGUGUCCUUACUGCAAAUGCGAAAGGGUUGCAACGAAGCAGAUUAUUAUCACGCGGGCUCCGCAAAUCUUGGUGAUUCAUUUCAAGAGAUUCUCAGCGUCGAAGACACAAACCGCUCGGAAGAUUCACACUCCUAUUGAAUUUCCUUUACAUGGUCUGCGGAUGGAUGAUUUUGUUUAUUCACCGCCAAGCCCGGAGUCGAAUGGUGAUCCCAAGGCAACGAUGCCACACGAUACUACCCUGGCGACUGUACCCCCGUUUACGUACGAUGCAUAUGGUGUGCUACGCCAUAUUGGGUCGUCUAUGAGCAGCGGACAUUACAUAUCUUUGGUGCGAGACGGUGCGCGGCAGUGUUGGCGGAGAUUCGAUGAUGAGCGAACUGUCGAUUUCAAUCCUCGCGAUCUGCGAAACAAAGACCGACUGCAGAACGAACAAGCAUACAUUGUAUUCUAUGAGCGCGUUCCCGCGAAAUGA